CUGACAUGGCAGGAAGGAGUCACACCGCUCUCCACCUUUCCCAUCGUGGCUCUCUCCACCGCCGCCUACCUGGCCACGGUCCUAGGCGGCCGCGAGCUGAUGAACAGAUUCAAGAUUCCGCCGAUGCAAGUGAAGGAAGCUUUUGUCGUCCACAAUAUCUUCCUCAGCUUCGGUAGUCUCUGUCUCCUGCUCUGCAUGCUCGAGGAGAUCCUGCCCAUCUGGUACCAACACGGCUUCUUCUUUGCCAUCUGCCACACCAAAUCUUUCACCCCUCGACUGGAAGCCCUGUACAUUCUCAAUUACUACACCAAGUACCUCGAGUGGGUAGACACCCUCUUCCUCGUAAUCAAGAAGAAGCCACUCGCCUUCCUACAUGUCUACCACCACGCCGCCACUGCACUCCUCUGCUACUCCCAGCUCCUGGGACGUACAAGUACCUCUUGGCUGGUCAUCACUCUGAACCUCUUUGUACACGUGGUAAUGUACGCCUACUAUGCCCUCACCUCGCUCAAGAUCCGAUGUCCUUGGAAGAAGGCAGUGACCAGUUUGCAGAUUACCCAAUUCAUCCUGGACCUCGGAGUAGUCUACUUUGCGUCCUACACCCACUGGGUCGAGAAGUACGCCGUGCCUCUUCUGCCCGUCAUGGGAGCCUGUGCCGCCGAGAAAGAGCAUGCCGUCGUCUCAGGCGUGGCCAUCCUCUCCUCAUACCUGGUCCUCUUUGUCAUCUUCUACAAGAAGACCUACAGCAAAACUUCUGCC